AUGGGUGCCACCAAAAGAAUAAAAACAAAACGACGGACGAGAGACUAUGACCAAGUUCGCGCGGACAUAAACUCCUCCAAACAUCUUUCCCAGUACCAAAAGACCAAGGCUUCGGAGGACCUACCUGGCCUAGGCAGACAUUAUUGUGUCGAGUGUGCGAAAUGGUUCGAGAGUGACUAUAAUCUUGUGGCUCACCGGCGAGGGAAGAAUCAUAAGCGGAGGCUCCGCAUCCUAAAGGAAGAACCACAUUCGCAAAAGAUGGCGGAAGCUGCUAUUGGAUUGGGCACGGAUAACGGAACUCGAGCUGUGCAGGCGAUGGACAUUGUGGAAUCGGAGAUGAUUGAGUGA